UUUUGUCAAUCCAAAAACAUCUCGCUAAUAACUUCAAAUCCAUCUCCACUCGGUCAUUGUAUUGAUCUCAAUAAUACGGAAAAUUGUAAGUAUUGAUGCCAUCCUUUUCAUUUAUAUCUUCAUCAAUCCAGAUAGCCUUCUUGGUAGCCCUUGGAAGUGUGGCAAGUCUUCUUCAACGGCGCAGCGCGUGCCCAUUCACCGAUACAGUUCCAAAGAACUUCCAGAAAUAUACCAAAAACGCAGGUGUCCUUUGUUCAGAACGGCAGCCUCUUCUCUAUUCGAUCAAGGAUCUCACACCGACAUGUGGCUCCACUAAGAAACUGUCCUUUGGUUCAUCAUCAUAUAAACAACUUGCAUCUAUCGCGCAGUCGCUAAUAUCUGUGCUUCCCGAUUAGAAUCAUUUUCCAAGCAAAAAAGGCCAAAUCCAUAUCCACCCUCUACACACAAUCUCUAAAUCGCAACCAUGGGUUUGACAUUCUCGAAGUUAUUUGACCGUCUCUGGGGAAAGAAGGAGAUGAGAAUCUUGAUGGUCGGUUUGGAUGCUGCUGGUAAAACUACAAUUCUGUAUAAGCUUAAGCUUGGUGAAAUUGUCACAACUAUCCCAACCAUCGGUACGUACCCAUUCAUCGAUUUUACUAUCACCAGUAGAUUAUGAUAUCAUCACUAACUCUAUUCUUAUAGGCUUCAACGUCGAGACUGUCGAGUACAAGAACAUUCAAUUUACCGUGUGGGAUGUUGGUGGACAAGACAAGAUUAGACCUCUGUGGAGACAUUACUUCCAGAACACUCAGGGUAUCAUUUUCGUUGUAGACAGCAACGAUCGUGAUCGUGUGGUUGAGGCUCGUGAGGAAUUGCAGAGAAUGUUGAAUGAAGACGAACUUAGAGAUGCUAUUCUUUUGGUCUUUGCCAACAAACAAGAUUUGCCAGUCAGUAUAUUGGAAUUCGAUAUUUGCAUACGAUGACUAAUCUGAAAUAAUAGAAUGCCAUGAACGCAGCAGAAAUUACAGAUAAAUUGGGCCUCCACAGCUUGAGACAACGCGCCUGGGUAUGUACAAUGACUGUUUUUAAUGGAAUCCCUGCUAAUAUAUUCUUAGUACAUUCAAUCUACUUGCGCUACAUCUGGAGACGGUCUUUACGAGGGAUUGGAAUGGCUCGCCACGACUCUCCGAAAGACUGGUCACAACUAAGUACAACAUCGAUCCUCAACCUUUAUACCACGAUUGUGUUUACAAGAUACUACAAAACCAAUCGAAACGUCCAUAUUUCCACCGCUCCUCCAAAUUGGUCAUUGGUGCAUCUCUCAAACUUAUUCUUGUGUCUUCAGCGGUCCACAUCAAUGAGAGGCGCAAGGGUGGUAACUGUAUGAUGAUUUAAGCUCUUUACGUCUUAUCAUGGCUAUGAAUCUCGUUUACGCUAUGAUUCCGCGGGGCUUCCUCUUUGUUUUUUGCGUGCGUUUUCUGGUGUCAUCCAUUUUCUACGUUCUGUUUCUUGCCAUCUCUUGUGUGCAGCAUGGUAUACAAAAAGCAGAAGUUAGAUGGGAGAUGAUGGUAGUCUAGUCCGGAAUUGAUCUCACAUUAGAAGAUAAUUUUUUUUUUGAUAAUAUUUGAUGUUACGGACGGCCCUUCAUACAGUAUGGUGACUUGAUUUUGUGUACUUUUUUUGACAUA